CUCCAUCCUCAACCACAUCCCACAUCCCACAGCACGCGCCCUUGAUUUUAUACACACGAAGUGACUUGUCGCGAAUACAGGUCUGUCCAGUCUUUGUUUCUAGAGAGAAUAGAAGUCAUCGUUCGGACGAAAUUUCAUCGGUCGCAUAUAUCCAUUCCGACAUCGAAGAACAACAACACUGCAUGAGCGACGACAUCACCACAUACGUGUAAAAUAGCCAGGAAUCAUCAUUUCUCUGCGCGUCCACCCGAACAACAUCGCGCGCCAUGGCUUCGACAGCGCACCCAAUUCUUCCAGAGUCGGGGAAGAGGAAUAUCCUCAUUACCUCGGCUCUGCCAUACGUCAACAAUACGCCCCAUCUGGGUAACAUUAUCGGAUCAGUCCUUUCAGCCGAUUGCUUUGCUCGCUACUGUCGUGCAAGAGGCUUAAAGACAUUAUACAUCUGCGGUAGUGACGAGUACGGUACCGCAACCGAGACCAAAGCUCUGUCCGAAGGUGUCACACCAGCAGAGCUCUGCGCCAAGUACCAUGCCAUUCACAAAGAAAUAUACGACUGGUUUCGAAUCGAUUUUGACAUAUUCGGUCGCACACCGACAGCGCAACACACCGAGAUAGUACAGGACAUUUUCAAGAGACUAUGGAGCAACGGCUUCAUCGAGGAGCGUGAAACCAUACAACCAUACUGCCCCAAGCACGAGUCGUUUCUUGCCGAUCGAUUCGUAGAAGGAGAGUGCAGCAUCUGCCAUUAUCUAGAUGCUCGUGGUGACCAGUGUGAUGCUUGCGGAAACCUUCUCGAUCCACUUCAGCCUGCCGCCCAGGCGAAUGACGUCGUCGGCCAAGCACAAGAAUCGAAACCCACUGGAUGGUUGAUCAACCCUCGCUGCAAAUUGGAUGGAGCCACCCCGGAGCCACGAGCUACGAAGCAUCUCUUCCUCCGCUUAGAUGCACUAAAGGACGACGUAGUGUCCUGGUUUCGGUCGGCGAACAAAGAAUGGAGCGCGAACUGUGUGGCUAUCACAGAGAGCUGGAUCUCGAGAGGGUUACAAGCUCGUGGCAUAACUAGAGAUCUGAAAUGGGGCGUGCCCAUACCAAAGUGCGAGGGAUUAUCAGAAGAGGACUACCGCGACAAGGUAUUCUAUGUGUGGUUUGAUGCUUGCAUCGGGUAUCCCAGUAUCACCAAAAACUAUACGGAUGGAAAUAACCUAGAGGGCACGCUGUGGACAAAGUGGUGGAAGAACCCUGAAGACGUCACCCUUUACCAAUUCAUGGGCAAGGACAAUGUUCCUUUCCACAGUAUAAUAUUCCCCGCCAGUCAACUUGGAACCAAAGAGAACUGGACCAAAGUUGGUCGGUUCUCAACAACUGAGUACUUAAAUUACGAGGGUGGCAAAUUCAGCAAGUCUAGAAAUAUCGGUGUCUUUGGUAACUCAGCACGCCUCACUGGAGUCGAUGCGGAUAUCUGGCGAUUUUUCCUUCUCUCGAGGCGGCCUGAGACGAGCGACGCUGAAUUUAAGUGGGAUGAAUUUCUUGAUGUCAACAACAAUGACUUGCUGAAAAAUCUGGGAAAUUUCGUCAAUCGUGUGGUGAAAUUCACUCACGCGAAACUUGAUGGCACUAUCCCCAACUACCGCAAGUACACAGAGCCGUCAUUCGAGGAGUAUAAAGCCGAAGUUAAUGCCCAACUGAAGAACUACAUCUCUGCCAUGGAGGCGAUCAAGCUCCGCCAGGGAUUACAGACCAUUCUUGGCAUAUCAACACUUGGCAACCAGUUCCUACAGGCCAACAAACUUAGUAAUCAAACUCUCGCCGAGCAUCAUGACAAGUGCACAGCGGUUGUUGGUCUUGCUUUGAACCAUGUUCACCUUCUUGCGAGCCUGCUCACCCCUUAUAUGCCAGAGACUGCACGGUCUAUGCUAAAGCAGGUCGGUCUGGAGAAUGCGCCCUUCUCGAUCCCUGAUGUCUGGACCGCGAACACGCUCGAGCCCGGGCAAAAGAUCGGAGCAGCCACCCUUCUAUUCUCCCAAAUUCCCGCAGCUCGUCUCGAGGAAUGGCGCGACGCCUUCGGUGGCGACGAGCUCAAGAAACAGAAAGAAGCCGAAGCCGAGAAGGCCGCGGCCAAGAAAGCGGCCAAGGAUAAAAAGAAGAAAGAAAAAAGUGCGCAGAAAGCUGCCGAGAAGGAGAAGGAGAAGGCAGCUGUUGAAGCUGCCGCCGCUGCGUCCACGGCGGAUACACCUACCUCGACUCCUGCCGAAGCGCCGAGCAAUUAGGACUUGCUUUUUCAAUUCUGGCGAAUCUUGCGGGGUGUGGUGAACAAGGGGUAAAGAAAGGACGUGAUUAGACGUUAAGGGGAUGUGUGCAUCAGCGAUUGAUGGAUAGAUAGCAUAGCGAGUGUGAUUCGUGUGUUAUUGUUGUGCUGUGGUAGAGUUGAGACUGAAAGAUGAAGUUAAACCUGCAAUCUGCUGACUGGGGGCAUGGUUAUGUGUUCCUUGGUUUGAACACUGCGUUGCGCUGUUGGUAGUAGAUUUGGAAGGCCAUAUUAAACUAAACUCGGCCAAGGUAUUUCGCUGCCUAGGUUGCUUUAGGUAGAUGAAUGGAAAUGAAAAUACUAGGACUAUCUGCGACAUGUUUAUGUGUAGAGAGUUUAAGGAUAAGAGUGAUUAGGGAGGUUAAUGAACACUGAACACUGCGCAGUACAGUCUGGCAGGUUACCUGCACAGCCGAUAUCGCGUGGUUGAAUGGGCAAGAGAACUUAUAGUCCAAGUUGAGAUAUCCGGCCAGGCCAAUCUUCUCGUGAUUAUAUGUAGCUUACCUGAUUGACUUACUUGUACAUAUAUACUGUUACUUUAAGAUACCUAUGAGGCAUUAGACUAUCUAGGGCAUGUGUGUUCGAG